AUGGAGAUAAAUAUGAGAUUAUAUAUAUUCUUAAGUCAUGUAGGAUUAGCUUUUAUUUUAAUGUAUUCUUUUAUUAAAUAUGGAGAAUUUUAUUCAUCAGUAGUUUAUUUAUCUACUGAAAAGUUUCCUAAAACUAUAAUUUAUAAUUUUUUAUUAAUGAUAUUUAUAGUAUUCUGUAAGUUAUUAUUAAACAUUUUUAUUGGAGAAUUAAGAUAUUUAGAAGUAGAACAAUUAAUAGACAAUGCAAGAGCUUUUAUAAUGGAUACAAUUUUAUUCUUAGUCUUGUCGAAGCCUACUAUAAAUGGAAAAGAAGUUUCUUCAAUUAUUUUAAUUAAAUAUUUGUCUAUUAUUGUUAUUCUUAAGGCAUAUCAUCUGGUUUUAUAUUCUCGAGUUUCCCAUAUAUUUGAAUUAGGUGUACCGAGAACGAGGGUUUUAGUUAGACUUUUUAUUUUCAUGUGUUUGCUUUCAGUAGCUAACUUAACUAUGUUUACAUACUUUUAUAAAUAUUCUUUAAAAAAUUCCACUAUGUAUCUUUGGUUGUUUUUUGAAAGUUUAAGUAUAUUUGAAUCUUGUCAAAUAUCAAUUUUCAAGUUUUUUGUAAAUAUUAUUGAUUUAAGAUCCCCCAAUGGAUUACCUUCUAAAGCAACAAUUUUGUUUUUUCUAGAUAUAUUACAUGAUAUUAUGAGUCUUAUUAUAUUUUUAGUUUUUAUUAUAGUAUUUAUUUUAAAUAAUUUCAGCAAUUUACCAUUGCAUAUGACAGCAGAUAUUAUACAUGUUGUAAAAACAUUAAUAUCUAGGUUUAAAUCAUUUCAGAGAUAUAGAGAAUUAACAAAAAAUAUAGAAAGUAAAUUUAUUGAUGCAACUGAAGAAGAAAUAAGAGAAGUAGGUACUUGUAUAAUAUGUAGAGAUGAUUUAAAAGAAGGAUCUAAAAAAUUAUCAUGCUCUCACAUAUUUCAUGUUGAAUGCUUAAAAUCAUGGUUUAUACAACAACAAACAUGUCCAAUAUGUAGAAAUGAAAUCAAACCAUACACAAACACAAAAAAUAAGAACAAUGAUACCAAUGAAAUUGAAAAAAAGGAAGAAAAAUUAAACCAUAUUAGUGUAACAGAAAUAAUUCAUAAAGCACCCUUUUUACCUAACGAGGAUUCUCCAUAUUUAAACGAUGUAUAUCCAAUGAAUAAUUUUAACUUAAAAGAAGAAAACUACGAUUGUUUUAAACAAAAUAUUGAUUUAAAGGAACGAAUAAAAAUAUUGAGUGAUUUAUGUGAUUAUUAUAAAGAGUUAAGUUUAGCUUGUUUAAAAGAAAUUGAUAAAAUUAAUCACACCACUGUGCCUGCAAAUAUAAUGCUAAGAAAUAUAUAUGGUUCUUUAAAUUAUAAUAUAUUAAACAAUACAGAAGAAAAUGAAAUUCAAAAAUAUCUAAAUAAAAUAUCACAUAUACCUCAGAUGGAUGUGUUUAAGAAUUAUCUUGAAAAAAUUUUAAUUACCGAUAUGAAAUACAUAAAAGACAUUUGUGCAUUAAUAUAG